CGUGAACCUCCUCGUUGUCUAUUUCCGGAAACACACAAGGCGAGUUUAUAUAUGCAGUCACAGUUUCUUCCUCGUACUGGGUCAGUCGACUUGAGGUCAGUGACGCGUGACCCGUGUUCAAGCAGUAGCUUGAGUUGUCACCCGACAGGCGUUGUGGACAUUGAUCAGUGAGAAGACCUCGCCAUGGCCGCGACUGACGGGGGUGCGAGCCUCGUCACAAGGGUGUUGGACACCGCCCGUGGGAACUACAUCGCCAUAGCCGGGGUCGUCAGCGUGGGCAUUGGAAUUGCGUUGCUACGACAACUGGUCAGUGGGGGAGUAUGUCGCAGCAAGGCCCGCCUCAACGGGAAGUUCGCCAUCGUCACCGGCGCCAACACCGGCAUUGGGAAGGAGACGGCGAUGGACCUGGCUCUGCGAGGUGCCCGUGUGCUGCUGGCGUGUCGGGAUCCAUUGAAAGGCAUGGCUGCCGCAGACGAUAUAUUCAAGACGUCAGGACAGAAGCUGAUGGUGAAGACAUUGGAUCUCUCGGAUCUGGACUCGGUCAGACAGUUCGCGAAGGAUAUCAACGAUGAGGAGCCGCAGCUGGAUAUACUCGUCAACAAUGCAGGUGUGAUGAUGUGUCCCAAGAUGCUAUCCAAGCAGGGCUAUGAGCUCCAGUUUGCUACCAACCACCUGGGUCACUUCCUUCUCACAAACCUCCUCCUGGGGCUCAUCCAGAGGUCCGCACCCAGUCGUAUCGUCGUGGUUUCCUCGGGUAUAUAUAAAAAGGGAAACAUCAACUUUGACGACAUCAACAGUGAGCAGGAGUAUAGCCCAUACGGUGCCUACGCUCAAAGUAAAGUUGCAAAUAUUCUCUUUGCAAAUGAGCUUGCCAAGAAACUGAAAGGGACAGGUGUAACGGUGAAUUCCCUCCACCCUGGCGUGAUCGCGAGUGACCUGGCCAGGCACAUCGAAGACAGGAUUCCCAGGAUCCUGCAAUUCUUCAUCAAGCCCCUGUACCUCCUGGUGCAGGCACUCACCUUCAAGACAGUCCAGCAGGGCGCCCAGACAUCCAUCUGCUGCGCUGUGGCUCAGGAACUGGAGGGAGUGACUGGGAAGUACUUCAGCGACUGUACAGAGACGAAGUUGCUGCCUCACGCCACCGACGAGGAUGCUGCCAGGAGAUUGUGGAGGCUGAGUGAGGAAAUGACCGGCCUCGGAACAGGGGGAGAUAACUCCGAAAAAGGUAGCAAAACAACGUUCAACUGUGCAGAACCGAGUUGUGAGGACAAGAAAACUGAAACUGAAACUGAAAGCCAGGGAACUGAGACCAAAUCUGGCUCGAACAGACGACUGUUUGAGUGUGUUGAUAAUAGUUCAUGUUCGGCUGCUGGAGAUGUUUUAGUGAAAAUGUGGAUGCAUCAGGAUUCUAUUGCAGAAACAAUUCGCUCACUUUGAUGAUUUCAACGACUUUCGGUCAAUUAUUAUAUUAUUAUGGAUGCAUGAGAUUAACGUAUCAAACAUAUGGUUAGAUAUGAAGACUAUUUACUAAAUGAUAUACCUCGGUUAAGGAAGAAAAUAAUAUGACCUGAUGAAACGCA